GUUCCUAUAAAAAGCACGAUGAAAUAAGCAUAAAUUUAAAAACAACAUGCUUCAUAAGGCGUGUUUAUUUUAAUUACUUAAGUAAAAUAUUUAUAAACUAAAAAGAAUUUGUAAAAAGAUUUAUUAUAACAUUUAUUAGUGUGUGAUAGUGUAAAAAGUGUCAAAAUGAAUAAGUACUACUUCUUUUUCGGCGAGGGAAGCAAAGUAAACCAGUACAUCUGUGCCAUUUUAAUAAACCUGGCGGUGCUGGCGUACGGCGCGGCGGUGGGCUGGAUGUCGCCGAUGACGCUGCUGCUGCAGUCCGACCAGUCGCCCGCCGGCGCGCCGCUCAGCGACACUGUGGUGUCCUGGAUGGCGUCCGUGUCGUACAUGGUGUGCAUCCCGGCCACGCUGCUGUUCGCCGGCGUGGAGGAGCGCCUCGGCAGGAAGGCGGCGCUGCUCGGCAUGUCCAGCUGUAUGGCGAUCUGCUGGGUGAUCAAGCUCUCCUCCAUGGAAGUCUGGGCGUUCAUCGCUGCCCGCGCGGUGUUCGGCCUGGCCAUGGGAGCCGCGUUCGUGGUUGCACCCGUCUAUGUGAAGGAGAUCAGCGAUGACUCCAUCAGAGGGACGCUGGGGUCGCUGGUGGUCCUUAGUCAGACGACGGGUAACCUCGUGAUGUACGUGGUCGGCGACUACCUGAGCUACCGCGGCUGCCUGUGGUUCUGCCUGGCGCUGCCGGCGGUGCACAUCGUGCUGUUCCUCAUGAUGCCCGAGUCCCCCUCCUACCUGGUCAAGAAUGGAGAGCUGGAGGAAGCGGCGCGCGUGGUGGCGUGGCUGCGCUGCUCGCGCGAGGACAGCGCGCUGGUGAAGGCGGAGAUAGACACGCUGCAGAAGGAACAGGAUAAUGACAAGGAGAGCAGCAAGUUCGCUAUGAAAGCUAUUUGGAGCGACAAGAUCCUCCGGCGCGCGUUCUACAUCGCGCUCGCGGUCACCCUCGCCCGCGAAGUCUGCGGCGCCAACCCGGUCCUCAACUUCGCGGCCUACAUCUUCGAGCUAGCGGACUCGGGGCUAGUGCUGUCCCCCAACCAGCAGGCCAUGAUGCUGGGCGCCGUGCAGGUGGCUGGCAGUGCGCUAGCUAGCAGCGUGGUGGAGAAGGCUGGGAGGAAGCCGCUGCUCUUCACCUCGUCCCUCAUCUCCGGCGCCAGCAUGUGUGUGCUGGCGUCGUGGUUCGUGCUGCGCGCGCGCGGCGUGCCGGCGCCGGGCUGGCUGCCCGUGUCCGCGCUGUGUCUCUGCAUCUUCUGCGACGCGGCUGGGCUGCAGCCCAUCUCUAUGGUUGUGAUGAACGAGAUCUUUUCGUUUAAGUACCGCAGCUCAGUCUCAGCAGUGACCAUGGGGCUGGCUUCUUCCACCGACUUCGUGCAACUCCUGACCUUCAAACCUCUGGCCAAUAGCAUCGGCAUAGAGUAUUGCUUCUACUUCUUCGGAGCUGUGUGUCUGGUGAACAGCGUCUAUGUCAUCUUCAAACUGCCAGAGACUAAGCAGAGGAGCUUGGAAGAGAUUUACGAGAAGUUGAAGACGAAGAAGGAGAGGGAAUCUGAGAAGGUGAAGGCCGUUGAAGCGUGAGGGAGGAAUUGUAAA